UUUCUUUUCCAUGUUCCUUUUCCACUCCCAUUCCCUCCCCUUCUUCCAUUCCAUCCCAUUCCAACUCUACCCUAUCCUCACAAAGAGCAAACGAAACGAAGAAACAAAAAAAACAACAAAACAACAAAACAUGGCCAAGAAGAGAAAAAAAAGGAGAAAAACAAAAACAAAAACUGUGGACUCAUUCAUUUGAUCAUCUACAUAUCAUACCCCCCCCCCUUAGAUGAACUCAGGUCUUAACUGAUACUCGAGUUCCAUCUAUCCAUCUACUUUUACUUACCCGUUCAUGGACAUCUCUUGACUGAGAAUGGCCAUGUAUGAUAUGACGUGUAUGUAUGAUACGCCGGGGUAUUAUUUUUUUACUCAGCCUAGCGUUGAUCAGGGCAGGGCAGGAUUUCUUCCUUCCUUUCUUUUCGUUUUUUUCAUUUUUUUUGUUUACGAUAUUUCUUCAUCAAAGAGUGGAAGAGGCAAGCAGAUUGCCACCUAUCAGUCACGAACGUGCUCAAGCACGCAUAGUUAGGACAAACCAAUAAAUAUGUGAAUAAUCAGACACGUUUUAUUCCCCUCCUCCCCCGCUUCCUUGUUCUAUUUAAUUUUAUUUUGUAUGAUA